AUGGAAGAUUUUGUGGAAGUGAAUCAGAUAUCCGAUUUCAUAUCUUACCUGCGCAGUAUUGAAUGGCGUGAUCCCUGGUUGAUCGCUCUUAUUUCCUUCCACAUCAUAAUAACAUUUACAUGCUUCUCAACGAGAAACUAUGGGAACUUUCAAGUUAUCCUGUUCAUUAUAUUAUUGUUAUUAGUGUACUUUUCUGAGAAUAUCAACGAAGUAGCAGCAAAAAAUUGGGCCUUAUUUUCAAGACAGCAAUACUUCGAUAGCAAGGGGCUGUUCAUAUCAGUGGUGUUCUCCAUUCCUAUAUUACUCAAUUGUAUGAUAAUGGUGGGCUCAUGGCUGUACCAGUCCACACAAAUCAUGACGAACCUUAAGAAGGCGCAGUUGCGGCAGCGCUUGAAACAAAUUAACAUGACUCGUGAACAACAACGUCUAAAGACAGAGUAA